UGUGAAGAAGAACUUCCUUUUAUUUGUUUUAAACCUGCUGCCCAUUAAACUUCCCAGGAAACACUCCCAGGAAACACUCCAAGCCUGUUGCUCCCCACUCCUGGCCCUAAUUCUGCUUUCUCUGAGCAAGACACUGCUACCCUUUAAUCCCCAUGUCACUGGUUCUCCCCCAGGGUCCAGUCUCCAAAUUCCAAUGCCCAUCUCCCUUUCCCUGGCCGGAAAAGUCAACCCCCAAAGACCCAGCUCCACAACGUAUCCUCUAAACAAGGGAUCAGCUCAGCAGGUGAACAAGGGAGGCAAGCAGGGGAGUUUUGCAGGGUGUAGCAGUGGAUCUGGUGCACGGAGGUAAAGGGACUUGGUGAGUUGUGUGCUGGUCUCUUUGCUGUUUGUCUCCAUGUGGCUGGGGUUUGGGUCCCUGACCAGGCCAGGUGACCGAGGUCUGUCUGUGUCUCUGAGAGGGCCGUGUGGCUCUGACCAUUGGGCCUAGGAUCAGCCCUGGUGUUUGACACCUGAGUCGUCGAUCACCCUGUCAGCCAUGGGGCAGAACUAAGCAGUGAGGUGCAGAGUGUAUAGGGUAGUUAGUUGCCGAACAAACACUUGACCAGGCACUUGGGUGAGGCACUGAAAUAUUGAGCUAUGUCGUUAUUUUAGCCCCAUUCCCUAGGAGCUGAUUGACAGACCUGCCUGGCUGCUGGUUUCUGUGUAUUGUGCUGUGUAACGGCUCUUACGAGUAACCACUGCAGCUCUAUGGAUCAUAUUUCUACCCCCCAGAGUCCUUUAGGGAAAUGUGAUCACCAUGAAGUGAAAGCAGGAUUUCUGCACAACUACUCCCCACCCCCCAGCUGAGAACUGUAUUUCAGGGUCAAAUCUGCCUCCAUUACGGCUGGGCUGCUGUCCCUGAGAGAGCAAUUCCUGCCUGGGAAAUCCCAGUUAGUUACUGAAUGUGGAACAACGGAUCACAGUGAAACAAUCUGUUUUGAUGUGUUCUUUCCCCUCAAAUCUCCCUGACGUUCCUGAUGGAUUCUCCUGUAGCCGCACAGGGAUGUUGGAACCAUGAUGACGCCUCUGCUGAUUCCCUUGACAUACUUCUGUCUUCAAAGCUGGCUGGGAAUCCCUCAGGCAAAAUGCCAGGUGGAGCUGAGCAUGAUGGAUGACGCUUUUGAUGACCAAUAUAUAGGAUGUGCUGAAGAAAUGGAUGGAAUUGCACCUGAACUGCUAGAGAAAGAAAAGUCCAUGUCCUCAGUAUUUAGCAGGGUCUGGGAAAACUCAGCAAAAAAAUGGGAACUUGUAAAGAAAAAGAUUUCUCUGCCCAGAGGCUUUAAAGAUGAGCAUGGAAGAGCCAUAAUAGCCUAUACUGAUAAUGACUUUCACAGUGAGUUGAAUGCGGCAGUGAGAGAGGCUGGGAUAUCUCGAGCUCAUUACAUGGCCAGUUUCCAGUUCAAAGCCUUUCAUUAUUACUUGACAAGAGCUUCGCAGCUCUUACAACGGAGAUGUGAUGUGAUGUACAAAAGGACGGUGUACCGGGGGGUUUCUGUCAGAUUUCAGCACAUGGGAUCAGGUCACAUCAGGUUUGGAUACUUCGCCUCUUCGUCUUUUGAUAUAGGAGUAGCUAAGAGAUUUGGCAUGGACACAUUGUUCACCAUCCACACGUGCUUUGGUGUUGAGAUCAGGGCCUUCUCAUGCACUCAGGAGGAGGAAGAAGUGUUAAUCCCAGUCCAUGAGAUAUUCAACAUGUACCGAGGACAAAGGAGUAACCGCUUUGUCCUACGGAGCACAAACCGGACCUGCAGCCAUUUUAACUGCGCCUACCUGGGUGGAGAGAAGAAUCAAAUAUGUGUUGACAACUCCGCUACCAGAGGCGGCAUCGCCUUCCCCAGUGUUCUGAGCCAUUUACUGUUUGGAGGAUCCAUCAUCCUGGUCCAUGUUGCUGCUCUGAAGCUGUUUGCUGGUUUCUCAGUUGUCCUAUUUGUGUUGCUCACUUUUUCUCUCUAACACAAAUCAUGGUGAGGGGACUUGCCAGAUCCAAAGCCAUCCUGCUAUUCUGCCAGUGUUCCAAAGGGAAACCAGGAACCUGGAGGGAGUGUCGCUGGUACCUGCUUGGGCAAACUUUGAUUGUACGCUACCGAUGAAUAGAUCGAAAUGUAAGUUCAUAGUUCUAUUCAAGGUGGGAUUUGUCUUACAAUGCUAGAGCUAUAAAGUGGUGCCUGUUAUAUAAAUAAUUACUUGUAUUGCUGUCAUGCCAGCACUUUGUACCAACGUUGUCCUCUCCUCAGCCUUAGAGAAGAUGUCUGAAAAUACAGUCUGGGACUAUAUGGAGCAUUUUGCAGGGUGUAUGGGUAUGUCUACACUAGGGGUGGACAAAAUUUUUGGCCUGAGGGCCACAUCUGGGUGGGGAAAUUGUAUG